AAGACAGUUUCAGAGAGCAAAAUGAGGAGAAGAGAGAAGGCAGCAGUAGAGGACGGUGGUUUUAUGUGAAGAGGACGGAAAGCUUCUGCAAACCUGCGACGGACGGACGCCGCUCAGAGCUGCUGCUGCUGCCAGAGGACUCCAGGGAAGGACGCUCAGAGGAGAUAUGGUCUGGUCCCGAGAGAGCGAAGCGGGUCCGCCUCCGCUGUCCGUCAUCCUGCCGCAGCUCUACCUCGGAGCGGAGAGUGACGUCACGCAGGACCGGCUGGCCUCUCUGGGUAUUUCCUACGUGCUGAGCGUGAGCCGCUGCAGCCCCCAGCCCUCCUUUCUGCCUCCCUCCAGAUACCUUCGUAUCCCCAUUGAUGACUCCCUGUGGGACAACCUGCUGCCCUGGAUCCCACAGGCACUGCACUUCAUCGAUGAAGCCAUGUCUUCUGGGGCCUCAGUGUUGGUGCACUGUGCAGCAGGAAUCUCUCGCUCCCCAGCUCUAGCAGUAGCUUACAUCAUGUACAGCCUGGAAAUGGACCUGGACAAUGCAUACAGGUUUGUGAAAGAACGCCGGCCCUCCAUUUCACCAAACUUCAACUUCCUGGGUCAGCUGCAGCACUUCCAGGGUGCUCUGAGCCAAAAGGCCUCUGGUGGUGACUUCAUCAUCCAUCAACUGGACAAUCCCCUGUCAUCCCUGAGUGACAGAGGUAGCUACACUCAUGGCAGUCAGAACCACAGUUAUCCAGCUGAUAGCAUCACUGGGGACUCAGCACAACACGAAGACAAAACCCAGCAGAAACACUCACUUUCAGAUGGCAAUGGGAACCACCAACAGAGAAUUGAGACUCUUGAUCUGACUGUGUUUCAAAAUCAGAAGCAUGUCCAGACACGAUGUGAGGUUCCAGCUUCAAGCCCUUGUGAGCCCAUCAGAGCGGUACCAAAGCCUACACAACUACAACUCCCAUCAGGCACUGCUUCUCUAUUGGAGAAACGUAAAAGCCUCUCCCUCUCUUUGGCCCCUUUGGGAAUAUGCCCGCUCUCCCCACCGAGCAGCAGCAAACAAGCAAGAGGCACUACCACAUCGAAAACUGUCCACAACAGGGAGUCGGAAGAGAAGCCUGAGGCAAAGACACACAGUCAUACAGGCAGAUACAGGCAGGCAGAGAACACCCACACGGAACAGAGUCCCUCCCACAGAAAGUGCAGCAGAGCUGAGGUGAAGGAACAGGGCCUGCUGUCGCCGUUCAGCUUCACAUUGAACAAGCUGCUGGGUUGGGGGGAGAGAGUGCUGCUGGGGAGCUUCUUUGUCCACCCUGUGAGGAUGGGACAGUCUGCACUACCAUACAGGUGCUAAGGGUGCACAGCGGGGGCUAAAGGGGAUGGUGUCUGUGCAUGUUUGUCAAAGAAACCACAUGUGAUGUACAUAUGCACUGAAAGAACCGUUGUCUUCUAUUUAUUUAUUGCUGAGUUGAAUAUCUGAACCUUACUUGACAAGAAACCUCCUCACCAAUGCAUCUUGUUUAGUACAUUAUGACAGUGGUAAGACUAUUUUGUCAUUUGAAACGUGCCAUUAUUUUAAAAAGACUUUCGGCACAAUGGCUUGAAUUGUAUUUACUGAUGAUUAAAGAUGAUAUUUCAACCAUGA